UGCUUAUUAUUUUAAGCACGAUAGUACAAGUUUAGAUUUAAUAAAAAUGAAUUUGUAGUAUUUGUUAUUUUGUGAACGCAAGUGAAUUUUAAUAAUAUAAACAACUGAACUUAAAAGUGUUAAGUAAGAACUACUUUAAGUUCUUAGAAAUUGGUUACUUAUUAAGUUAUUCUAUUUCUAUCGUAAUGGUGGCUGCACUCCAAACAUUGAAAAAAUCAACCCAUUAAAACUAAAAGUACCAAACAAAUAAUAAUAAACCGAAGGAGAAUGCACACUAUUUUAUUUCACUAGAUAUCUUGCUGUUUCCUGAUACUAUCAGUGAUAGUAGUGUAAUGGAAGAAACAGCUGCUAAAAUUGAUCAGAAUGAAACUGAAACCAACUGGGUUGAGGAAGAAGAGUAUCAACAUGUACAAAAUGGUGUGACCAUAAUGCCUUCACAGUGGACAAACUGUAGGAAUUUGUCUGGUUUCUGGUUGCUUGGACUUUGCAACAAUUAUGCCUAUGUUAUCAUGCUCAGUGCAGCUUUUGACAUCCUAAGCAAAGAUUAUCAUGAUGCUGACCACAAUGAAACAGAAAACAAUAUAACACGACGUUGUAAUCCAACAUCAACAGGGGCCAUACUGUUAGCUGACAUUAUACCAUCUUUAGCCAUUAAGCUUAUAGUUCCAUUUUUUGUCACUAACACACACCUCAAAGUUGCUCUCUCUGUCCUGCUAUCUGCAGCAAGUUUUCUUCUUACAUCUCUUUCUGUUGGCAGUUGGAUGACAUACAUAGGUGUCAUCUGUGCAGCAUUAUCAGGCGGAUUAGGAGAAGUUAGCUUUCUGUCUUUUUCUGCACAUUUUGAUAAGUAAGUUAUUU